CUCUCUCUCUCUCUCUCCUCAGCUCCUCGGUGUUCCUCAGAUCAGCAGCGCGUCACUCAGUGCGCUGUGCUCGGGUUCAGACGCUGCUCCGCUCCGCUGUGGUGUGUACGGUGUACCGGGUGCUCCAGUCCCGUUUACCGGAUCAGUCUCGCGGUUUUCAACUUUCUUCGUUUAAACUCUGAACUUCAGCGCGUGAAAGGGACUUCCUGUUUUGCUGACGUACAGCGCCAGUGACCAAUGAGUGCUCGAGACUCUGUGAGUGGGCGGGGUCUGCGCGUGCGCAGUGGCGCUCCAGAAGCGCCGGUCAGAGUCACGUGACCGCCGGUGUGUCCCCCAUGUCUCCCGCUCGCGCGUGUCUCUGCCUGCUGUUCGGUUUACCGGCGGCCGGUAAAUCCCGCCUGGCGGAGCAGCUACGGGGACACGCCCACUCCCGCGGCUGGAGGACCUUGACGGUGACCUAUGACCUGCUAAUCCCCGAGCGCGACUGGAGAGAGGCAGAAUGGAAGCAGCACAGAAAAACAGUACUGGCGUGUUUGGAAAGAUUCCUGCAACACUCACUCUCUGAGCAGACACACACACUCCCGGAGACACACACACUCUGUGAGCAGGCUGAUGCUGGUGUGUGGAUGCGGUUCGAGCAGCUGCUGCGGGAUCAGAGUGUGUUUCUCUCACACACACACUCACAGCCGCUCGUGCUGCUGCUGGAUGAUAACUUCUACUACCAGAGCAUGAGGCAGCAGAUCCAGCAGCUGGCCAGGAGGACCGGCGUGGGCUUCUGUCAGGUGUUCCUGCAGUGUUCGCUGGGUGUGUGUGUGCAGAGGAACCGCCUGCGCGUGCGGCCGCUCCCUGACGCUGUGCUGCUGCAGAUGUCGGAGCGCUUGGAGCCACCGGACAGCAGAGACAAACACAGCCUGACACUUGUCGCUGUGAACAUCACACACACACAGCUGCAGCAGCUGAUGGAUCUGUGUGCGUCUGCGCUGGAGAACCCGCUGAGGGUCCGAGACGAGCAGCAGCAGGAGGCCGACAGACAGAUCUGUGCAUCCAGCGUUCUGCAUCAGGCCGACCAGACCUGCAGACGGGUGGUGUCUCAGACAAUCAAGACGGCCCGCGAGCGGCAGGCGUCUCCAGCAGAGCUGCAGCUUCUCUCGGCUGAGCUGAACCGGCUGAAGUGUGUGUUCCUGCAGGAGCUGCGCAGGGCCGUUCUGCAGUCUCCACACACACACACACCCGCGCACGUGCAGGCGCAGUUUGAGCACCGCAUACACCGCUGCCUGAACACCGGCAGGACUGACCCGGGGCCAGCGAUGCGGACUGUGCUGGUGUCUGAGGCCCGCGGGGCGCUGAGCAGAGCUGAUGAGGAACACACACUGACCAACACCAGCACCAGCUGAUCAAUAACCCAGACAGAGCGGUGUUCAGUAGACCAGGACGGGUCAGAUGUGGACUGUAGAGCGCUGAUGAUGUGUCAUGAGGAGAGAGGAACUCUUGAGCAGGAGUGAUGAACUCAUUCAUCAAUAAGAGGUUCUGUUUCUCUCAUCAUGUCUGUAAGUGGAUCAUCACUGCACUGAUUUUCAAAUGACAAUAAAGAGUGUUGAGUUAUGAAGUCU